AUGGCCGUCUUCACGCUGAGCUUGCUGCUGCCGCUGGCGGCCGGCCAAGGAGGCCAGGAUUAUGUUGGCCAAUACGCCGGAGACUACCAGAAGUACAUGGCCGGUGGGUCUGACUAUCAGAAGUACUACCAGAAAUACAUGGACAAGUACUCCUCUGGUGGUGGCGGCGGCGGCGACUACACGCACUUCAUGAAGGACUAUGCGGGCAAGUAUGCCGACCAGUACAUGUCUGGGUCUGACGCGGGAAAGAGCGACAAGAAGGCUGCCCCUGUCAACUUGCUGGCAAAGUCCAAGGAUGAUCACAAGAAAUCAGAGAAGCAGGCCAGCCAAGGCAGUGACUACCAAAAGUACAUGGACUACCAGAAGUACAUGGGCGGAGCCGGAUCCCAGGGUGGCGCUCAGGGCGGCGACUACCAGAAGUACAUGGACUACCAGAAGUACAUGGGCGGAGGCGGAUCCCAGAGUGGUGCACAGGGCGGCGACUACCAGAAGUACAUGGACUACCAGAAGUACAUGGGCGGAGGCGGAUCCCAGGCUGGCGCUCAGGGCGGCGACUACCAGAAGUACAUGAAGCAGUACUCGGGCGACUACCAGAAGUACAUGGGCGGAGCCGGAUCCCAGGGUGGCGCUCAGGGCGGCGACUACCAGAAGUACGUUCAGCUCAGCUCUUCCUCGGAUACUUCAACCCAAAGCAAUGCCCAGGGUGGUGACUACCAAAAGUACAUGGACUACCAGAAGUACAUGGGCGGAGGCGGAUCCCAGGGUGGCGCUCAGGGCGGCGACUACCAGAAGUACAUGGACUACCAGAAGUACAUGGGUGGAGCCGGAUCCCAGGGUGACGCUCAGGGUGGCGCUCAGGGCGGCGACUACCAGAAGUACAUGAAGCAGUACUCCGCCGACUACCAGAAGUACAUGGGCGGAGGCGGAUCCCAGGGUGGCGCUCAGGGUGGCGCUCAGGGCGGCGACUACCAGAAGUACAUGAAGCAGUACUCGGGCGACUACCAGAAGUACAUGGGCGGAGCCGGAUCCCAGGGUGGCGCUCAAGGCGGCGACUACCAGAAGUACGUCCAGCUCAGCUCUUCCUCAAAUACUUCAACCCAAAGCAAUGCCCAGGGUGGUGACUACAAAAAGUAUAUGGACUACCAGAAGUACAUGGGCGGAGGCGGAUCCCAGGGUGGCGCUCAGGGCGGCGACUACCAGAAGUACAUGGACUACCAGAAGUACAUGGGUGGAGCCGGAUCCCAGGGUGGCGCUCAGGGUGGCGCUCAGGGCGGCGACUACCAGAAGUACAUGAAGCAGUACUCGGGCGACUACCAGAAGUACAUGGGCGGAGCCGGAUCCCAGGGUGGCGCUCAGGGUGGCGCUCAGGGCGGCGACUACCAGAAGUACAUGAAGCAGUACUCCGGUGGCGCUCAGGGCGGCGACUACCAGAAGUACAUGAAGCAGUACUCGGGCGACUACCAGAAGUACAUGGGCGGAGCCGGAUCCCAGGGUGGCGCUCAGGGUGGCGCUCAGGGCGGCGACUACCAGAAGUACAUGAAGCAGUACUCGGGCGACUACCAGAAGUACAUGGGCGGAGCCGGAUCCCAGGGUGGCGCUCAGGGCGGCGACUACCAGAAGUACAUGCAGGGCAAUACUGCUGGAAACGCCGUUGUGUUGCUGGCCGAGACGAAGGACAAGGAGGAGGCCAAGCAGAAGCUUGCUGAGGACCGGCAGCACAUGAAGGACAAGGGCGCUGCUGCCUCCAAGGACUUCGAGAAGUACAUGACCGGCCAGGCGGCCCAGUUCAAGCACUACGUCAAGCUCCAAAGCGCCGACGCGGCCGGGGACUUGCAGAAGUACUUCGAGGACUACACGCAGUACAUGAAGAGCGAGGGCAGAGAUGCGGCUGACGGCAUGAAGGGCUUCAUGGACAAGUACGCCAAGGACUACGAGCACUUCCUUAAGGAGCGUGGCAGCUCGGACAAGCACAGCUCGCCUGCGGUGAUGCUGGAGGCUUCAGCGCUGCAGCAGGAGCUGGCGGACGAGAAGAAGCUCCUGGCGCAGGAGAUGAAAGUGGAGCAGCAGCAGCAAGCAGAGGAGAUGAAGACGGAGAAGGACAGGAUGGCCAAAGAGAAGUUGGCCCUGAAGAAAGAGCUGGCGAGGGAGGCGGCAAAGAACCAGUCGCAGGCGUCGCAGGCGUCGCAGGCAUCUCAGCCUGUCAUGCUGCUGGAGCGGAGCAACCUGCAGUUCGGCACCGUGUUCUUCGCCGCCUUCGGUACGGUGGUGGCGGUGCUCGCCUUCGUGCGCCGGAGCAGGACGGCGCACUCGGAGGACUACGUGAUGCACCUGGAGGCGCCACUGGCGCCACUGUCCACGGUGUGA